AUGUCUCGAGUUUCUAAGGGCUAUUUUUGUGAGUUGAAUCAUCACGUCAACAACCUUGGGUUUCCUUGGCGAAGAGAAACAGGAAAACAGUUCGGAGUGUACGUGUUUGACAAGAACUUCUAUCGUCUAGCCUUGACCAAUAAUAAGCUCGGUAUACUUUUCUAG